AUGGCGCUCUCACGCGUGCCUGGAGACGACGAGCUAUAUGUUGGCGGGAUCUUCACCCUCCGGCGCAAAGACGCGCUGGCCAAGCACGGCAUCACGCACGUGGUCUCGGUGCUGAAGUACGACUUCACAGAGUUCGAGGACUGGGAGAAGUACGAGCAUCUCGGUAUCGAUGUCGAUGAUGUGGCGGACGAGGAUCUGCUGGGGGAGUUUGAGAGGACGGGGAGCUGGAUUGAGAGGGCGUUGAAGGAGGGGAAGGGUGGCAAGGAGGGGAGGGUUUUGGUUCAUUGCGCCAUGGGCAAGUCCCGCUCAGUAACGGUCGUAGUUGCCUACCUCCUCCGGCAAUACCCUCACCACACAGUAGAGUCCGCUCUAGACCUCGUCCGACAAACUCGGCCCAUAGCCGAGCCCAACGAGGGCUUCAUGGAGCAGCUAGAACUCUAUAAGAACAUGGGCUGUCCACGAGAUAUCAAGAACCAUCCGCAGUAUCAGCGGUGGCUCUUCCAGCGCGAGGUGGACCUGGCGGUUGCGGCUGGGAUGGCGCCGGAUCGAGUUAGGUUUGAAGAUGAGGAGGUGCAGCAGGAGGGAGAGGUUAGGGAUAGGGAGGUGGAGUUGAGAUGUAGGAAGUGUCGUCGAACACUAGCCACAACUCCCUACCUCCUCCCCCACCUCCCCACCCCCCCAAAACACAGCCCUUCACUCCCCCCCUCCGCCCUCCACAGCAUCUGCACCAACCACUUCCUGCACCCUCUCUCCUGGAUGCGACCGGCCCUCGAGCAAGGCCUGCUGCAAGGCCGUCUCGAAUGUCCGAAUCCGAAAUGCGGCGCUCAGCUCGGUCGCUACGCAUGGCAGGGUCUCCGCUGCAGCUGCAAUGUCUGGGUGUGCCCGGCCUUCAGUUUGCAGAAGGCGAGGGUGGAUGAGGCGGUUAAGAAGAGGGAGGUUAAGGGGGUGGGAGCGGAAGGGGGAGGAGGUAUUAGAUUACCGCCUGGGAUGAGGGAAAAGGAGAAUUUGUGA